UUGCUGCGGCUGCUCUAAUAGCGCAGAAUGGCGAACGUCGCCGAGCACCGCGUAAACAUGCCGGCGUGUCCUGCCGCUGGCAAAGCCGUCUCGCCGCCUGAGAUGAGGCUGAAUCGCUUCGUUCGCUUCGUCACGCUGAUGGAGAGGCUUGGCAACGCGCUGGGCACGCUGGCCUUCACGUGGGCCACCGUCGUCCUGCUCGGCGGCUACCCCGCGGUGCUCUGUCCUGAUCACGAUUUUUGGUGUGCGGCAACUAUAGUUUUCCUAGAAGCCUUGAGGUACGUAUGCAACUCAUUGCUACUAAUGUUCAGCCGCAGCAACAGGAUGGAUUACCAAUUGUUCUUCCGCACGAGAGGUGCUUUCAGGUCUCUUGGAUGGAAUGGGCAUAUCUGGUUCAUAUGCUUCGUCAAUGGUGUUAUAUGGGCCAAUGAUGAAAUGGGAGUGAUAGCGACUUUGUCACUAGUGGGACUACUUGUGAUUGGUUCAAUUCUAUGUCCAGAAGCUGCAAUUCCACCCAUGUUACGCCGCACGAUCUCAUUAUGGAGCCCAAUGGUUGCAAUCCUACUGCUUUGUCCCUCGGUAUGGUCCUCCUAUAAAUUCAAAGAAGAAUAUUUCAUCUUUCAAAGACAUCGCUCAGUUGGCAUAGUGCACUUGAUACUGUUUGUGGUAGUGCUCCUACUCACAAUCAGCAGGCUGAGAUUCCCAAGCAUCAUCAAACUAGCAGACUGGGUUCUUGGCAGCAAAAUAGCAUUUUGGCAACCAGUUAUUCUGAACCUGUGCAUGUUUGCUGCGACAGUGAUGUCAGUGUUCAAUUUUAAUAGAAGUAUAUCUACGCUGGUCAUGUGGGACAUAAUUGUUCUAGUGGUAACUACAUUUGGUAACCUCCAAAUUCCGGCAGCAGUAUUCCGAAUUCGGUUGGCACUGUGGCGCCUUACAGAUAUGCAAAAAGAUUAUAAUGACCAGAAAACCAAUGAGGACAUGAAAAACCUUCUGUCAUCUCUCUACAUCUUUUAUGUGAUGGUGCUUGGCCAAGGGAUACUCUAUAUUGUUGCUGGCAUCUUUGAUAUCUUUUCAUUCAUCCUACGAAGAUCACUCAUCCGUCGUGCUGGAUUUGGAGGACCCUCGGGAGUGAAAUAUGUCAAUUUGUACUAUGCAUAUGCCUUUGAUAGAUGCAUGGAAGGUGCUAUGCUUGGACCAAAGAAGACCAGCCUCAUCAUAUUUGCAAUGGAUUCUUUAAAGUCAAACUCUCCCAAGAUGCAACUCUAUGGUCUUAAGAUGCUUCACAUCUUUCUAAAAAAGGAGCCCCUAAGGACUAUGGCCAUAUUAGAACUCACCACUUAUACACAGACAGUGGCCUGCUUGAUCCACAUGUUGGGCUGGACAAGUGAGGGGGCUACGGAUAUUCGAUCAUUCGCUGCGAAGAUCAUGGCCGAGCUCGCUGAAAAUCUCCGAGUUGUCCCUAUUCCUGGGGCGAUGCAGCUCAUAGCCUCACUUUUGGACACUGUUGAAGGACAUAGUAUAAAAAACCCUCUUUUGGACACUGGUAGCCCUGAGACAAAACAAGAUAGAAUGAUUCAGCAUGUUGGCAGGAACGAACUGACCUCCCCGGUGCUUAAGUGGUUGAAACAGAUGGCACUAUACUGUCUGAUUCCGAGAGAGGAGCCAACUAACAUGGAUGAACAAAACAGCCACAUAUUAAGAUGCUGGAGAAAGAUUGCAAAACAUUGGUCUGUUCCAGAGGAGGAGCCAUCAAUCGACCAGGAUCUCCUCCCUGUACAAGGCAUGUUGAUUCUUGAAAGGCUUGCUACCUUCGAUCUAGAGAACUGUGUAGAAAUCAGCAGAGCAACUGGCCUCAUCUCAAAGAUUGUAGAGUUCACAAGCAACAGGACUGACAUGAAAAAUAUUGAUGAGACACACGAGACACUGCUGAAACGUUCAUCACUGAAGCUGCUGGCAAGACUUGCAGGUACUAAAGGCAAAUUUGGUGUAACUUUGCGUCAGAAGAUUACAGAACAUCUCUUCCUUUGGAGCAACCUUGCAGAGAUCUUGGAUAACAGAGGGAGCAGCCAAGAACUUAGGGAGCUUACCGCAGAACUCGUUAGAAACUUUGCCAUGGAUGGAAAUGUAAAUAAUGAGAUCGGGCACAUCCCAAUUAUCAUUAGCAGGUUGAUGCAUGCAUUUCUCAGUGAAGGCGCAUCCUCAAGUGCAGAUUCAGAUCAGUUACUACGAAUGAACGCUGGGCAAGCACUAGCACUACUGGCAAUGGGGAGUGUCAAUAACUGUCUGGUUAUGUUAGCAGAAGCAGGGUCCGUCUUCAUCAAGGAACUCACAAUUAUGAUCCAUAGUGGCAGGUACAGGUACAUAGCUUCAAGCCUGUUGCAGAAUAUGUGUGUCCAUGCCCAACCUGAGAUUGGCAACUCGGACCUGAAGGAAAUCUCCUACAUUACGAGAGAGGUGCUGGAAGGAAUAAUGGAUGCAGAAGGGGCAGAAUUGGAGGUUCUUGUUGGCCUUAGUUCACAAAUAUGCAAUGCCAUUCCAGGAGAUUUUGCACAAGAACUAGAGCAUGGUCAGAUUAAGGAAAGAUUUAUAAAGAGGCUUGUUAAUGCACUUAACUCAAAUAUGAUACCCACCUCUCAUUCUCCUGGAAUCAGGAGGGUGAUAGUUGAACAUGUCAUAUACAUGAUGGAGUGUAAUCCUGGCAAUGCCAACUGUUUCAACAAAUACUGGAUGAUGGAAGCACUGCUAAUGGUGGAGCGUACAACUUCAAGGGCUGAAAAUUACAGGUUCUUCUCGGGUGAUACAGGACUCAUGGAGCAUAGCAUACCUCUAUCUGCACUUGUGGCUAGGGCAAAAGAACUGAUGGGACGUGGGUAGCUAUGAGGCAUCAGCGGUGUCGCCUGAACAUGUAUUUAGAUGGUAUUGUACUACUGGCCUAUAUUGGGACUAGCAGACUCAGUUUUCUCACCAUAGUAGCGAGCUACUCAUUGCAAUCCAAGGAGAUCCCAUGAAAUUAGAGUUGAUAUUAAGCUGUUGAUUUGUGUUGACAUGUCGACAUUGUACUGCCAUGAUGAUGGCACCUUAAAUAAUGGAUGUGUUAGUGUUGUAAGACCAUGGAUACAUGAAAGAUGAUGAAUCUGCUUUGCGAUUAAAAAUGAAACGUCUUGGU